UCUUAGUCUUUUGUAUGCACACUCAGUCCUGGCUCCACAGCCAAUUAAAAGGCCUUUCAUCAUUAUGAUAAUAAGAAACAGGAAAUGGCAAGAGUGACGGCAGCAGCGGAGGCAGCAGAGGUAGUGCAGGUGAGUGCAAGGGCACUCUGGCCUCGAAGGCAGAGGCAGCGCAGGUGGGGGCAGGGGCGCAGCGGCCUGGAAGGCGGAGGCAGCAUAGCUGAGUGCAGGAGCGCAGCGCCCUGGAAGGCGGAGGCAGCGCGGGUGGGUGCAGGGCCGCAGGCGGAACGAGGGCGGAGGCAGCGGCUGUGACUCGUCCCUGAGGCUCGAGGGCGGCUGCACCAACGGCUGAGAAGCCCGAACGCGGAGCCGAGCCGAGCUCAGCCUUGCCGGGCCAUGGAAGGGGAGUACGACGUGAUCGUGCUGGGCACAGGCCUCAAGGAAUGUAUUCUCGCCGGCAUCAUGUCUGUGAAUGGGAAGACGGUGCUGCACAUUGAUCGGAACCCUUACUACGGGGGCGAAGGCGCCUCCAUCACGCCCCUGGAAGACUUGUACAAGCGGUUCGAGCUGAGUGAGGGGCCUCCCGCAAGCCUGGGCAGGGGCCGAGACUGGAACGUUGAUUUGAUCCCCAAAUUCCUCCUGGCCAGUGGCCAGUUGGUGACUAUGUUGAUUUACACAGAAGUGACCAAUUACCUAGAAUUUAAAGUGGUGGAAGGCACCUUUGUCUACAAGGGGGGCGAGAUCUUUAGGGUGCCAUCCACUGAGACGGAGGCCUUGUCCUUCAGCCUUUUGAGCAUGUUUGAGAAAAGCCAGUUUAGAAAGUUCCUGAUGUUCGUGUCAGCCUUCGAUGAGGAUGAACCCGAGAGCUUUGAGGGUAUCGACCUUCAGACUACAACCAUGAGAGAUGUGUACGAGAAGUUUGAUUUGGGCCAGAAUGUUAUUGAGUUCGUUGGCCAUGUUCUGGCACUCCACCAAACUGACGACUACUUGGACCAGCUCUGCCUUGAGACCAUCAAUCGCAUCAAACUCUACAGCAGGUCCCUUGACCAGUAUGGGCAGAGCCCAUACCUGUACCCUCUCUAUGGCCUGGGAGAGCUACCUCAGGGAUUUGUAAGAUUGAGCGCCAUCUAUGGUGGGAUAUACAUACUGAACAAACCUGUGGAUGACAUCAUCAUGGAGAAUGGAAAAGUGGUGGGUGUGAAGUCAGAGGGGAAGGUGGCUCAUUGCAAGCAGCUGAUCUGUGACCCCAGCUAUGUCCCUGAUAGGGUGCAAAAGACGGGCCAGGUCAUCCGAGUCAUCUGUAUCCUCAGCCACCCCAUCAGGAACACUGAUAAUGUCAACUCCUGCCAAAUCAUCAUUCCCCAGAAUCAGGUCAACAGGAGAUCGGACAUCUAUGUGUUCAUGAUCUCUUAUGCCUUUAAGGUGGCUGCCCAGAGAAAGUACAUUGCUAUCGUCAGCACCACAGUGGAGACAGCGGAGCCUGAGAAGGAGAUCGAGCCAGCUCUGAGGCUGUUGGAACCUAUAGAUCAAAAGUUUGUGGCCAUCAGUGACUUGUAUGAGCCAACAGACGAUGGAUUGGAAAGCCAGAUAUUCUUCCGUUCUUAUGAUGCCAGCACUGACUUUGAGACAACCUGCAAUGAUAUCAAAGAUAUUUACAAGCACAUGACUGGGACAGACUUCAACUUUGAAGAUCUGAAGCGCAAAAAGAAUGAUGUCUUUGGAGUGAAUGAACAGUGAUAGCAGGAAUUAAUCUCCUUACCACCUUCUCAGGCUUCCCUCAGCACCAAAUUUUCUUCUGUCCCUUCUUUCUAUUCUUUUCUACUUUGGGGCUCAAGGGGGGAGAUUUGGGUGGGAUGCAUCAAUCAACAAUGUGCCCCUGUUUAGUCUUUUUUUUUUUUUGGUUGGGCAAUGGGGGUUACACAGCUAGUAAGUGUUAUGUGUCUGAGGCCAGAU